UCAACAGUGUUCCACAUUCAAUCCCUUCAAUAUCACGGUAGUGUUACGCAUCAGCUACAUCAAAGCUACAUAAGACCUCAUCAAGCUGCCACAGUUGUUACACUGCACGCGGAUAAAAGGAACUCCUUUCUAAAUCACCAUGGCGGACGACAUCUCAGCGGAGCAUACCCCUGGCUUCAAGGUCGGAGAAAAGAAAACUCUUGAUGAGUAUCAUAAGCUAGAUCAAGAAGAUGAAGCAAUGAACCGUUGGAAGGCCUCUCUUGGCCUUGCAACCGGCGACUCAAUCUCUGAUCCCAACGACCCUCGUCUAUGUAUCAUCAAGUCCCUUGCUCUGGAAGUUACAGGACGGCCCGAUAUUACAAUAGAUCUGUCUCAGCCCGGAGCUCUCGAGAGUCUGAAGGACAAACCAUUCACUAUCAAAGAAGGAUGCGAGUAUCAGAUGAAGGCCACUUUCGUUGUCCAACAUCAGGUUCUUUCAGGUCUGAAGUACAUUCAACUCACAAAGCGCAAAGGCAUUCGAGUAAGCAAGGACCAAGAAAUGAUCGGCAGCUUUCCUCCCAACACAACUGGCAAGCCAACAUACGAAAAGAAAUUCUCUAAGGAAGAAGCUCCAUCUGGUAUGCUGGCGCGUGGUCAUUACGACGCUGUAUCUCGCUUCGUUGAUGACGAUGAUACAACGCAUCUGAAAUUUGAAUGGUCGUUCGAGAUUGGAAAGGAUUGGAAAUGAGAAGCUUGAGCUCCAUGGAAGGAUACCGACGACCAAUAGGCUUCAUUGAAUAUGUGCGAGCUUUGAAGUACCAUGUCCACGCAAGCUCUGCUGAGAUUCAGGGUCGUUUUGAUGAAACAACAUGCAUUUCUGCCACGAAGAGCCUGAUAAAGCGUUUUCGAGCCAUGAGUCGAGCAGCGAUCAAAGAAAGUACUCAAUAUGAGAUCCUUGACCGUC